AUGAGUGAUAACAAAAACAGUUCUCUAACAAUUAUUACUGGUCCGAUGUUUGCGGGGAAAACUGAGGAAUUAUUACGCCAAAUUCACCGUUGCCAAUACGCACAAAAAGGGUACUUAGUUUUUAAACCCUCUUUGGAUAAUCGUUAUUCUUCAGCGUGGGAAAUAGUUUCGCAUAAUAAUAAGGAAACAAAAGCAAUAAUCGUUAGUAAAAGUGAGGAAAUAAGAAACCAUUUAAAGCCUGAUACCGAAUUGAUUUUUCUUGAUGAAAUACAGUUUUUUGAUGAUGAGAUUAUUGGUGUUUUGAAUGAUUUGGCUAACCAAGGCUAUCAAGUUAUUGGGGCUGGGGUAGAUAAAAAUUUCCGCGGUGAACCUUUUAAUGACGUUAUGAAAUCAUUACUAGCGAUGGCUGAUUAUGUUCACAAAUUAACGGCGAUUUGUCAAGUUUGUAAAAAAGAGGCUUCUUUAUCCCAAAGAAUAAUUGAUGGUCGUCCUGCUCGUUAUGAUAACCCGACUGUUUUAGUGGGAGGUCAGGAAACUUAUGAGGCUCGUUGUCGCAAAUGUCAUGUUUGUGUGAAAAAUGAAUAUGGAAAAAAAUAA